CUGACUAAAUCCCAACGACACGGGAAUAGACAUCAAACUUACUUAAUUACCUCUUGCUUGCAGUUCUUACAUUCAGCUUAGUUAGCCCGAGCAGUUUCUCUGAAAGGUAUGGCUCGAGCAACAGUGAUCGCAGCGCUCGUUAUGGCAUUACUGGGCUGCGCGCUGGCCGUCGCCGCGGACGACGUCGCCCCAAGUGCGUCCCGACCCAUGGCGCAGCCGCCAUCUGGUGGACUGGCGCCGGAGCCGCAGCCUCCGGCGUCCAGGGGAUUGCUGAAGGCGCACGCCACAUUCUACGGUGGCGCCGAUGGCGCUGGCACCAUGGGCGGCGCGUGCGGGUACGGCAACCUGUACUCGGCCGGGUACGGCACGAGCACGACGGCGCUGCUCAACGACGGCGCGUCGUGCGGGCAGUGCUACAAGAUCGCCUGCGACAGCAAGCGGGUGGACACCAGGUGGUGCAAGCUGGGCGAGGUGGUGACCGUCACGGCGACCAACUUCUGCCCGCCCAACUACGACCUGCCAAGCGACGACGGUGGCUGGUGCAACCCGCCGCGGCCGCAUUUCGACAUGGCGCAGCCGGCAUGGGAGAAGAUCGGCGUCUAUCGGGCCGGCAUCAUCCCCGUAGUAUACCAGAGGGUACCGUGCGUGCGCCGGGGCGGCGUGCGGUUCACCAUCAACGGGCAUGACUACUUCCAGCUUGUUCUCGUGACCAACGUCGCGACCAUCGGGUCGAUCAAGUCGAUGGAUGUCAAGGGCUCCGAGUCACCAGAUUGGAUGCCGAUGGCACGCAACUGGGGUGCGAAUUGGCACUCUCUCGCGUACCUCACGGGGCAGAGGCGCUCGUUCAGGGUGACCAACGAUGAUGGGCAGACUCGUACAUUCACAAAUGUGGUGCCAUCCGGCUGGAAGUUCGGCCAGACAUUUGCAAGCAACGUGCAGUUCAAGUGAGCAGCUUGUGUGGCAUGAUGUGAAUCCGGUGAUUUACUGGCCUGUGUGGGCUUCACUAAAGAAUAUACUGGCAUGUGCCCUGUGGACCCGGUGCUGUUUCCACAUGUACAAAUAUUUUUUUUGAAAGAUCCAGCUAGAUGCUGGCUUAUAUUAAAACCAUAGCAGGGAGAAGUGCGGUUACAAAGGUGAUGGAGGAGUUGAUCGAAGGAUCAAGGAAAAAAGGACAGAGAAAUAAAGGAAAAAGG